AUGUCUUCUACAAGAGGCACAUCCCUUUCGAAAAGGUCUACAACAAUUCCAGACUCGGACCAGGACUCCAGUGAUCAAGACCAGGUACAACCAAUUGCCACCACCAGGACCAGAUCAAAACCUCAAGUUCAAGUCGUCAUUCCAGUCAUGUCGUCUCGUGCAAAGGCGGCUCUCCGCUCCAACAGCCCAUCCUCACUGUCAUCCGCCGACAGCCCUGACGCUCGACCAAUCGAUACCCCUGCCACCAGUGCUAGUGCCACUCCGGAGCCCACGGUACGCGGACGCCUAGGGAACAAGAGAAAGAGAGACACGGAUGAUGAUGCUGCUUUGGCCAGACAGCUGCAAGAGGAGGAAUGGGCAGAGGUCGGACAGCCACUCAAAAAGGUCAAGCCAGAGUCUUCGAACAUCAAGACAGAGCCUCUGGACUCUGCACCCAUGUCGAGGUCGAGGAGAUCAUAUGAGGUUACUGUCAUCGACGACUCGGAUGGUGACGAAUUGAGUGAUCUCUCAUCAGCCAUUUCUUUCAAGUCUGAAGGUGAUUCUGAGGAAGAGUCCACCUUUAAGAAACCCAAAGGAAAGGCACCACGCAAGAACAUUUUACACACACCCUUCUCAGACGAGGUUUCCAAGUACAGGUCGCGCCUUUCCGAAGCUCGUGCUGGCAAGAAACCGGCUGUGUCCAAGCACAGAAAUUCGGUUGUCAUUCCUGAUAGUGACAGCGAAUUAUCAACUUUCUCGAUGACGACCGAGGACGAGUUUCGUUCUGAAGACGCUCACUCAGGCGCCGCUGAGACUUCGGAUGACAGCGACGACGACCAACCAUUGGCAUUGACGAAUAUCCGCCGCAGAAGAGGCCAGGCUAACCUCCAAGGCCGUGAUCUUGGCACUGAAACCAAGAAGAGGGGCCUGUCCAGGAAGGACCGCGAGAGACUGAAGCUAGAGAAGGCACAUCCUCAGAUCAAAACAAUGUGGCAGGACCUCGAGGCCAUCCCGAUUAUCAAGGGCGUCGCUGGCACUCAGCCACCCUCGAUCAACCGCAAACUCAAGUCGUACCAGCUCGAAGGUGUCGACUGGAUGAUCAAGCAAGAGCAGUCGAACUACAAGGGAGGUCUGCUCGGAGACGAGAUGGGAAUGGGCAAGACGAUCCAGGCUGUGUCUCUCGUCAUGUCCGACUACCCUCAGAAACAGCCGACUCUGGUCUUGGUCCCUCCAGUUGCUCUGAUGCAAUGGUCUCAGGAGAUUGGCGAGUACACCGAUGGAAAACUCAAGGUCCUCGUCUACCACGGCACCAAUGCGAAGUCCAAGAAUAUGAAGGUCAGUGAGCUCAAGAAGUACGAUGUUAUCAUGAUCUCGUACAACAGUCUUGAGUCGUUGCAUCGCAAGGAGGUCAAGGGCUGGACCCGCAAUGGAGAUCUUGUCAAGGAGGCGUCGCCCAUUCAUGCUCUGACCUAUCAUCGCCUGAUCCUGGACGAAGCACACAGCAUCAAGACCAGAACCACUCAAGUCGCCAAAGCCUGCUUUGCACUUAAAGGUAAGUACAAGUGGUGCUUGUCGGGAACACCUGUCCAGAAUCGUAUCGGCGAGUUCUUCUCUUUGCUUCGCUUCCUGGAGGUCAGACCUUUCGCAGACUAUUUCUGCAAGAAGUGUCCCUGCUCCCUUCUGCACUGGUCUCUGGAUUCUCAGCACAUGUGUACCGAGUGCAAGCACACCGGCAUGGAGCACGUCUCGGUCUUCAAUCAAGAGCUGCUCAACCCGAUUACCCAGUCUGAGGACUCGCAGAUGCGCUCGGAAGCCAUGGACAAGUUGUUCCUCAUCACAUCUCGCAUCAUGCUCCGUCGCAUGAAGCGCGACUAUGUCAGUUCCAUGGAGCUUCCACCGAAAGAGGUCAUCGUCCACAAUGAGUUCUUCGGAGACAUCGAGCGCGACUUCUCGCAGAGUAUCAUGUCCAACACUGCCCGCCAGUUCGACACGUAUGUCUCGCGUGGUGUCAUGCUGAACAAUUACGCCAACAUCUUCGGUCUCAUCAUGCAGAUGCGCCAAGUGUCCAACCACCCAGAUUUGAUCCUCAAGAGAAAGGCUGCCGAAGGCAUGAAUGUCUUGGUCUGCAACAUCUGCGACGAGCCUGCCGAAGAACCUAUUCGUUCCAAGUGCAAGCACGACUUCUGCAGAACUUGUGUCAAGAACUACGCUCAAUCAGUAGAGGAUGAUGCUGGCGAUGUCGAAUGUCCUCGUUGUCACAUCCCGCUCUCGAUUGACUUCGAUAUGCCUGAGCUUGAGCAGAACGAGGAGGCUGUAAAGAAGAACUCGAUCAUCAACCGCAUCAAGAUGGAGAACUGGACUUCGUCGACCAAGAUUGAGAUGCUCGUCUACGACCUUUACAAGCUCCGCAGCAAGAAGCAGACUCUCAAGUCGAUCGUCUUCUCUCAGUUCACGUCGAUGUUGCAGCUCAUUGAAUGGCGUCUUCGUCGCGCAGGCUUCAACACUGUUAUGCUUGAUGGCAGCAUGACUCCUCAGCAGCGCCAGAAGUCGAUCGAGCAUUUCAUGACGGACCCUGAUGUCGAGGUGUUCCUCGUGUCUCUCAAAGCUGGAGGUGUUGCUCUCAAUCUGACGGAAGCUUCGCGUGUCUUCAUCGUGGACCCUUGGUGGAACCCAGCAGCCGAGUGGCAAAGCGCAGACCGCUGCCACCGCAUCGGACAGAGACGUCCUUGUGUCAUUACUCGACUGUGUAUCGAAGACUCAGUCGAAUCGCGUAUCGUCAUGUUGCAGGAGAAGAAAGCCAACAUGAUCAACGGCACCAUCAACAAUGACAGGGUGGCCAUGGAAAAGCUUACGCCCGAAGACAUGCAAUUCUUGUUCCGUGGCAAUUAG